AGCGCGAGCAAAGCUUCCGCGCGGGCGAUGGGGCUGCUGAGCAUCUUGAAGAAGAUGCGACAGAAGGAGCGGGAGCUGCGCCUGCUGAUGCUGGGCCUGGACAAUGCCGGCAAAACCACCAUCUUGAAAAAGUUCAAUGGAGACGAGAUUGACACCAUCUCGCCCACGCUGGGCUUCAACAUCAAGACCCUGGAGCAUCGCGGGUUCAAGCUGAAUAUCUGGGACGUGGGGGGCCAGAAGUCCCUGCGCUCCUACUGGCGCAACUAUUUUGAGAGCACCGAUGGGCUCAUCUGGGUGGUGGAUAGCGCCGACCAUCAGCGGCUGGAGGACUGCAAGAAGGAGCUGGAGACCCUCCUGGUGGAAGAG